AAGCACAGGAGGACAGCCAGACGGGAGAUAGACAGACACGAAACGCAUCCCGCACAGAGCUUAGUUCCCUUGGUUCCGCCCCUCCAACUUAUGGGAUUCACACCGUGAACAACCAGCCAAGUCUUGUGCUACCGAGAAGUUGGCGACGCUUUUGCGGUGGCAAAAUAUUUUGCCAUGUCAUCAGACGGAUCGUCCAAGGAAUCGUCUUCCCCUCGUCGUUUUGAGCUUGUCCACUCGGACUCGGAGGGAGAUGGCGCGAGCUCGUCGGAAGAUGAGCCCCUCUUCAAGUUCCCGGAUCGCGGUGCGUUCCAGCGCAAGGUCGAGAAAUCGGAUUCCGACGACGAUUCGGACGACUCCUCGGAGGACGAAAAGAAGAAGGAAGGGGGAGGGAGUGACAAUUCGGAAAGCGAGGACGAUGAGGAGUUUUUUUCCUCGCUGCGGCAAAAAAAAGCUGGCGGGGCGGCGGGGGGGGCGGGGGCAGCGGCAACCGCCAGAAACGCCGGGGGACGAAAACAGGCGAUCGACCUGCUCUCAGAUUCGGACGACGAGUUCGGCGCCCCUCCCAGGCCGGCCCCGAAACGGCGCAAGAAGGCCCCCACCGCGGAGGAGCUCGAUGCGCAGGUGCGGGCGAAGGUAGACGCUCUCCUGGAGAGCAGCGACGGAGGUGGCUGCAGCUCUUCGCGGGCUGCCACCAGUGAGGAAGACCAGGCGCGGAUGAAGCAGAAGCUCGCUGACGCCACCAACAUCGACAUGGCCUCGACCGUCAUAGGGCGCCAAAGGCCGCCAGGCGUCGCGACUGGCUCGCCGGUCGUGUCCGCGGAGACCGCCGCGAGGCGCGAGCGCGAGCAGAACCAGAAGGGGGUGAAGCUGAUGGUGAAAAGGAGCAAGCAGCAGCAGCACCUCUUCCACACGAAGCUCGGGACGCUCGUAUCGGUGGUGGAAGACAAGUGUAGGGAAGACCCGGACCUGGUCUCCCGGGAAGAGGAGGAGGAUGCGGAGGUCGCUCUUUUCUGGAAGGACAAACAGCUGGAGAGCGGCAAGACCCUGAGGGAGUCCGGCAUCCCACCAGGCAGGGUCGACCUCCGCCUCGACGUGAAGGGCGGGAGCGGCGGCGGCGGCGACUGCGCUUCGGGCGCACCGAUAACCCUCAAGCUCCGCGUGGAAGGCGGCAAGGCGUUCAUGGUCACCACCACCACGGGUACCAAGUUCUCGGCCUUCAUGGAGGCCUUCAACGAGAAGGUCGGGAUACCGCAAGAGCGGGCCAGCGAGGGCGUCUUCAAGUUCGACGGGGACAAGCUCAACCCCGAUGGCACCCCGGAGGGCGAAGACAUGGAGUCUGAGGAGAUCAUCGAUGCGAAGUUCCCCGCAGACCUAAUGAACAGCGUCCAGGCAGCGCCAACCGAGCUGUCCUUGGGCGCGCCGAAGAAGAAGGUCCCCCGGAAGGCUCCCGGGAAGGGGAAGGCCGCCGCGACCAAGACAGCGGCGGCGUUGGCUGCGGCGGCGAAGCCGCUGGGAGGCGGAAGCGGGACAAGGUCUACGAGGGGCGGCGGUUCGGGGAGAGUAACUCGCAGCAAGAGCGGCGGCGGCGGCGGCGGCGGCGGCGGCGGCAAGGGGAAGCAGCCCGAGGUUGUUGUGCUCGACUAA